AUGCCAUCCAGAAUAAUAUCGAACUCCGCUGGGGUCAAAGUGGCUACUGACAUCUUUACGGAACCCCAUGCUGAGCGACCAUCUGCAAGAGACAUCAAUGUCCAGCUCAUGUACCUGAAGGACGACCCCUUGUACAAAACGGUGAAACCUGUACAAAUCACCCCAAACUUUGCCGACCAAAAUGACCGCACAAAUGUCCGACUAGCGCCUGGCCAACAAGAAGUCUUGCACGAUGUACGUGGUCGACACGGCGAACUUCUUGGCGAUUUCUCCCUUGAUGACCAUGGCUUUACCUACAUCAAAUCGCCUACAGCCUUCAAAGACUGGUCAUCCCAGCCUAAUAUUGCUCAGGACUAUCUGCCAGAACUGGAGGCAUUACUUGAGCGCGAGGUAGAUGGCUGCGAUGAGAUCUUGUUCUAUGAUGCGCGGAUACGACAGGAAGGCGACGAGGGUCUGCGUGUGGAGGGACUUAGCUACAAUCCUUUCGCACGCCAAGUUCACACAGAUAACACUGACAGGAGCGUCCUCGAGAAGAUCCGAGACCUGAUGGAGAUGAAGACCGAUUACCUGCUCAACGGCCGCGCACGCAUCAUCAACAUCUGGCGACCUAUCAAACAUCCCGUCUACGACUGCGGCCUUGCUAUUGCAGAUGGUAGGGAUGUAAUGGAAUGUGAUCGCCAUCGGGCAGAUUCUGGAGAGUACUGGGACACAAUGGGAGUAGUGCAGUAUCGACCCGGCUUCGAAUGGUAUUACUGCAGUGAACAGGACGAGGAAGACGUGAUCCUAUUCAAGAACUACGACAGUGCUACUGAUGUCAAGGCACGCGUAUGUCUUCACACCGCCUUCGACCUACCCGCGGAAGUCAUCCCACCUGGCGCGCCGACAAGGGAGAGUAUUGAGGUCCGUGCCCUUGUCUUCACUUACCCGGCUUCUGGUAUGAGACCGCUGGGAGCGACACCACAUCCGCUUGCCACGUCACUGCAACAAAGCCAUUUGCAGAGGCUCGAUGACGAGUAUACUAUCACGGAUCGGCUUCGCACUGAUAUCGAUGAGGGCAAUGAGGUGAAGGACGCUGUAUUGCUGUUGCGGCGGCAGGAAAUCAAACGGCUGGAGCGCUUGAACAAAGCUGUGACAGGCGAGCGCAAUGUUGCUGUUGAGCAGCUGAAGCUCAAGGACCAGGAGUGCCAAAAUCUCCGCAAAGAGCUUGGUCAUCUUCGACAACAAGCCCAAGGGCAAUUCGAGACAUCUUAG